AUGGCGGACAACAUGAACUACCUUUACACCAUCGGUGGCUAUGCCGCUCUGAUUGGUAUCGGUUAUGUCGUUUACGUCUCGACUCAAAAGGACCGCAAGCGAACCGGCGCUCCUCUGGCCAAAACUCCCAAGGUCUUGCCAGCGGAGCCACGCAAAGAGGACAAGAAGAAGAAGCAACGCAUGGCGAGCUUUACUUCCGAGGCCCAGGGAUCCUCCAAGAAGGCAGCCAAGCCCAGAGCUAGUGCCGAGGUAGCCGAGCCCAACCCCUGGUUGAGCAACUCUCAGGACAACAGCAAGGAUGAUGUCGACAACAUCAAAUUUGCCAAACAGCUCGCCAAGGCACAGGAGGGCGCCAAGUUUGCUUCCAAGUCCGAGGGCGGAAAGCAGCGAGAGAAGUAUGUCAAACAGUCCCGUGCCAACCAGAUGGCUGGGAAGACAGAGGAGAAGGAAUCGGCUCCCUCAUCUACCACUGGCGCCGAUGCGGAUGACGACCAGUCACCCAUUACUUCCCCCGAGGUUGGCCCUACCGUUGCAGGCGAUGUCUCCGACAUGCUUGAGUCGGUUCCGGCCCGCCCCGCCGUUUUGCGGUUGACCGACACCGCCCCCAAGCAGCAGAAGCAGAAGGUUGCCAAGGCAGCUGAGCCUGUUGAGACCAAGAAGCAGCGCCAGAACCGAAAGAAGGCUGAGGCCGCCAAGGCUGCUCGCGAGGAGUCUGAGAAGGAGCGCAAGACGCUCGAAGAGAAGCAGCGACGGACAGCUCGUAUUGCUGAGGGCCGGGCCGCAAAGGAUGGUUCGCAAUUCAUGGCUGCCAAUGGGAGCAAGUCAUCUUGGACUGAGGGUGCCCCCAGCGCCAACAAGUCUGCCCCGGCUACCCAGACUAAUGGCUUCCACCAGCCGUUGGACACCUCUGAGCCAGUUUCUUCUUCUACCACCACCAAGCCGGCGGCUGCCGCUAAGUCGACUCAGGGUACCUGGGUUUCCUCUCUUCCUUCCGAGGAGGAGCAAAUGGAAAUGCUGAAGACGGAUGAGGAUGAGUGGAGCACUGUCAAGCCAAAGUCCAAGAAGGCGUCUAAGAAUGAGUCUUCUGUCGACUCUGGUGACGAGCCUCAGGUCCGCCCUACUAUUCAGCCCAAGCAGGCUGGGGCCACCACCAAGCCCGCCCCAUCCUUUGGAUCAUUCUCGGCGCUGAGCACUCAGGAUGGGCCUGCCGAUGAAGAAGAAGAGGAGGAGGAGUGGGAUGUCUAA